AAUUGUACGUAGCGCAACUGAAUUCGCAAGCCAGCCAAGGUUAUUCCUCUCUAUCUCGGUCUUUUGGAUGUGAGAGAGGGAGAGGAGAGAUGUGUACUCUUGAGAAACGUGAUGGUCUCUUUAUCCUAACGAUAACCGGAAAUGAUGAGCACCGGCUUAACCCGAUUCUGAUCGACUCCAUCCGGGCCGCACUCCACCGGGCCAAGAUUGAAUCGGAGUCUAUGGGACCCACUGCCCUUAUCACUACCGCCCAGGGCAAGUUCUUCUCCAAUGGCUACGACCUCUCAUGGGCUUUUUCAGAUCCAGAUCCGGUCCAAGUCCAAGCUCAAACACGAUCCAAGUUGAUGUCUAAGAAGUUGCGGUGUUUAGUCUCCGAGUUCAUAUCCUUUCCUAUGCCCACCAUCGCCGCCGUCACCGGCCACGCUUCCGCUGCGGGCUUCGCUCUAGUCCUAAGCCACGACUAUAUCGUAAUGCGCAAGGACCGAGGCUUCCUCUACAUGAGCGAGCUCGACAUCCGGAUGAAAAUACCUACUUGGUUUAUGCAAAUAGUGAAAAGCAAAAUCGCGUCCCCAAAGGUGUGGAGGGAGGUGAUUUUAAAAGCCGCCAAAAUCAAAGCGGAGAUGGCGGUGGAGUGGGGAAUUGUGGACUCCGCACAUGAUAGCGCGGAGGAGACAGUGGAGGCCGCGGCGAGGCUGGGGAUGGAGCUGGCGAAAAGGAAUUGGGAUGGAAAAGUGUAUGCAGAGAACAGGAAGACCGUUUUUGCUGAUGUGAUGGCGGCUUUAAGUUCCGAUGAGACGGUUGGAGAUACUGAUUGUAAUGAUAGUCAUAAGGCUGUUUCAAAACUGUGAGCUUUUGAUCAUAUCUCAAAUAGCAUGUUUUAUCAUCUCAAUCUGAUACUGUCCAACUGAGCUUCUUUCAUAGAAGAAGCAAUGUUAGCGUAGUUUAUAUUAUGAUCGUGGGUGUAAGAUUUUCUACAUAUUAACGUAAUUGGAUGUAUGAAAUAUGGAGAAGAUGCAAUAUAAAAAUGAUUAUUCUAUUU